UAGUUUGAUCUCUAACCUGAAUUAAUCACCCAAAGUCAUCUUCAUCAUGACCAAAUUCCGGCCCUGCAUUGACCUUCAUGCAGGACAGGUCAAGCAGAUUGUCGGCGGUACUCUUGACAGCACAUCGUCAGCUCUUCAAACCAACUACGUCUCGCAACAUCCUCCGGCUCACUUUGCUCAAUUAUACCGCGACAAUGAUCUCACUGGUGCACAUGUCAUCAUGUUAGGUCCAGGAAAUGAGGGGCCUGCUAAAGAGGCGCUUGAGGCCUGGCCUGGUGGUCUUCAGGUCGGAGGUGGUAUCAAUGACAAGAACGCAAAGGAAUGGCUGGAUGCGGGAGCAGAGAAGGUCAUCAUUACAUCGUACCUUUUCCCCGAGGGCCGCUUCAGUCAAGCGAGGCUUGAUGCAGUGUUGCAAGCUCUUGGCGGUGAUAGAAACAAACUUGUUAUUGACCUAAGUUGCCGACGCCGAGGAGAGGAUUCUUGGUUCGUUGCAAUGAACAAAUGGCAAACCAUCACAGAUAUGGAAGUCAACCAAGAAUCUAUCAAGUCUUUGGAGCCUUACUGCUCGGAAUUCUUGAUCCAUGCUGCAGAUAAUGAGGGUCUACAAAGGGGGGUUGAUGAGAAUCUUGUGCAGCGUCUUUCUGAAUGGUGUUCGAUUCCGGUGACUUAUGCUGGAGGUGGUAGACAUCUUGAAGACUUGGACAAUGUGAAGAGACUCAGCAACGGUAGGGUGGAUCUCACAAUCGGAAGUGCAUUGGACUGUUUCGGAGGCUCAGGUGUCAAGUUCGAUGAUUGCGUUGCUUGGAAUAAGAAACAAAACGUUUAGGAGGAAAAUACAU